AAUGGCUCCUGUGUGGUGAAGGGGGAGAGGCGAGCGGGCGAGGAGGGUGUGCGGCGGCGGCUCCUCUUGGCGGCGAGGCGGCCUCUCCCCCCCCCGCCCCCGAAGGCCAUGGAUCCCAACAGGAUCAUCCAGGCCCUCAAAGGCACCAUCGACCCCAAGCUGCGCCUUGCGGCCGAGAAUGAGCUCAACCAGUCCUACAAGAUCAUCAACUUUGCUCCUAGCCUGCUGCAAAUAAUUGUUUCCGAUCAAGUGGAAUUCCCAGUGCGACAAGCAGCUGCCAUUUAUCUGAAGAACAUGGUUACGCAGUACUGGCCAGAUCGGGAGCCCCCACCCGGAGAAGUAAUAUUCCCGUUCAAUAUUCAUGAAAAUGAUCGGCAGCAGAUUCGGGAUAAUAUCGUGGAAGGAAUUAUUCGGUCUCCAGACUUAGUGAGGGCCCAGCUGACAAUGUGCCUCCGCGCUAUCAUCAAGCACGAUUUCCCAGGUCAUUGGACGGCCGUGGUAGACAAGAUAGGCUAUUAUUUGCAGUCUCCCAACAGUGGGAGCUGGCUGGGAAGUCUGCUGUGCCUCUACCAGCUAGUGAAGACCUAUGAGUACAAGAAAGCUGAGGAACGAGAUCCCCUGAUCGCCGCUAUGCAGAUAUUCUUGCCUCGGAUUCAGCAGCAGAUGAUCCAGCUCCUUCCUGACAACUCCCAUUACUCCGUGCUCCUUCAAAAGCAGAUCUUAAAAAUCUUCUAUGCACUUGUCCAGUAUGCACUGCCACUUCAGCUGGUGAACAACCAAACCAUGACUCAGUGGAUGGAGAUUUUCCGGACGGUGAUUGACAGAAAUGUGCCUGCCGAAACUCUGCAGAUCGAUGAAGACGACCGACCGGAACUGGUCUGGUGGAAAUGUAAGAAGUGGGCUUUGCGGAUCGUCACUCGCCUUUUUGAAAGGUACGGUAGUCCGGGGAAUGUAACAAAAGAAUAUUUUGAAUUUUCCGAGUUCUUCUUGAAAACCUAUGCUGUUGGAAUCCAACAGGUGCUCCUAAAAAUUUUGGACCAAUAUAGACAGAAAGAAUACGUCGCGCCGCGUGUCCUUCAGCAAACGCUCAACUAUCUGAAUCAAGGGGUCCAUCACUGUAUAACCUGGAAGCAGAUGAAACCACAUAUGCAGACUCUCUGUGAAGAAGUGAUCUUCUCCCUGAUGUGCUACAAAGAUGAGGAUGAAGAGCUCUGGCAAGAGGACCCCUAUGAGUACAUUCGCAUGAAAUUCGAUGUGUUUGAGGAUUAUGCUUCCCCCACAACAGCGGCUCAGAUCCUUCUGUAUACUGCAGCAAAAAAGCGAAAGGAGGUGUUACCCAAAAUGAUGGCAUUUUGCUAUCAGAUCCUCACUGAACCCAGCGCUGACCCGAGGAAGAAAGACGGAGCGUUGCACGUGAUAGGAUCUCUAGCGGACAUUCUUUUGAAGAAGAGUAUAUUCAAGGAUCAGAUGGAGCUGAUGCUACAGAAUCAUGUCUUCCCAUUGUUCAUGUCCAACCUUGGGUAUUUAAGAGCAAGGUCUUGCUGGACUCUUCAUUCGUUCAGCACGCUGGAGUUCCACAAUGAACUCAACCUGAGAAAUGCCGUCGAGCUGGCAAAGAAGAGCCUGAUUGACGACAAGGAGAUGCCUGUCAAAGUCGAGGCUGCCAUAGCACUGCAGUUGUUAAUAAGCCAUCAGGAACAAGCAAAAGAAUAUGUCAAGCCCUACAUCCGGCCAGUUAUGCAGGAGCUGCUGCUUGUUAUUCGGGAGACCGAGAACGACGACCUCACCAACGUCAUCCAGAAGCUGAUCUGCGAAUACAGCCAGGAGGUCACAUCCAUUGCUGUUGAAAUGACGCAGCACCUGGCAGAGAUAUUUGGCAAAGUUCUCCAGAGUGAAGAAUACGAAGAAAUGGAGGACAAAACUGUCAUGGCCAUGGGGAUCCUGCAUACCAUCGACACCAUCCUGACUGUUGUGCAGGACCACAAAGAGAUAACUCAACAGCUGGAGAGCAUUUGCUUGCAGAUCAUCGGCCUUGUCUUGCAGAAGCGUGUGAUAGAGUUCUACGAAGAAAUCCUUUCCCUGGCGUAUAGCUUGACCUGCCAUUUGGUUUCACCUCAAAUGUGGCAGCUUUUGGGUGUCUUAUAUGAAGUGUUUCAGCAGGAUUACUUUGAGUACUUUGCAGAUAUGAUGCCUCUUCUGCACAACUACAUCACUGUUGACACGGAUACUUUAUUGUCAAAUCCCAAAAAUUUAGAGAUAAUUUAUGCUAUCUGUAAAAAGGUGUUAACCGGGGAUGCAGGUGAAGACGCGGAGUGUCAUGCCGCCAAGCUCUUAGAGGUCAUUGUUCUGCAAUGCAAAGGGAGGGGUAUUGACCAGUGUAUCCCACUCUUUGUAGAAGCUGUUCUGGAACGCUUAACGCGAGGGGUUAAAACCAGCGAGCUUCGCACCAUGUGCCUCCAGGUUGCCAUAGCUGCCCUUUACUACAGCCCUCAACUUCUCUUCCACACCCUGGAGAACAUCCGAUUUCCUCACAACCCUGAGCCCAUCACUGCCCAGUUUAUAAACCAGUGGAUGAAUGAUACAGACUGUUUCCUUGGACUUCACGACAGGAAGAUGUGCAUCAUAGGGCUGAGUAUCUUGAUGGGACUCCCAAACCGCCCCCCUGCUGUCGACGCCGUGGUGGCCCAGAUUGUCCCAUCAGUUCUUCUGCUGUUCCUGGGCCUCAAGCAAGUUUGCGCCACCCGGCAGCAUUCGGAGCACGAAGAGCACACCAAAGCAGAGAAGAAUGAUGCAGAAGAUAAUGAAGAGAUACAAAGUGACGAAGAAGAGGCAAAUGAAGUAAACCAGGAAAUGCAGGAGAACCAAGCUGGUGGUGGUGGUGAUGCAGGAGACGAAGAUGAUGAUGACGAUGAUGACUGGGACGAUGAAGCACUGGAAGAGACGGCUUUGGAAGGUUUCAGCACCCCUAUCGACCUGGAAGGGGGCGUGGAUGAAUACCAGUUCUUCGCACAAGCGCUCUUAGAGGUGCAGAGCCGAGACGCAUCCUGGUACCACUUGCUGACCACACCACUCAGUAACGAUCAGAAGACGCAGCUGCAGGAAAUCUGUGCAUUAGCCGAACACCGGAGGACUUCCUCAGAAUCAAAGAGGAUACAGCAACAGACGGGCUACACGUUUGAUAAUAAAGGACUGGUCUCCUCCUUUAACUUUGGCAGUGUUCCAGGCGGCAACUGAAGGAGGCGGGAAAUAGCUGAAAAGACACUUUGCAGAAUAGUCCGAUAUUGCAUUUUGUUAUAAAACAUUUGUGACGUUGAACGGGCAAGGGAAGGUAACUGGGUGCUGUUGAAGAUUUCCCCUUUGGGAACGGCAGUGAUUGACCCUCUUCCUCCUCACUAGGAUAAUCUUUCUAACCAGCUACUGUAAUGUAUAAAUCCUUGUGGUAUUUUUAUAAGUUGUUGGACUGAAAAGGAAGUAUCUGCCCCCCCGUUGAGCCUAUAAAGGAAAUGGGGAAUCAGUUGUAUGCAAUUGGAUUGAGUUGUGUUUCUCAGGUUUCUGCCAUGUGAAAUCGAAGGGGGUCCUCUGGAUUAACUGUGCCUUCUCUUGUAUAUGGGUGGCCUGAACAAAAGAGUUUUAGAGCGCAUUGUAUUUCUUCUUUCUUUCAAGGGACCGACAUUAUAGGCACAAUUCACAGACCUGGCUUUCCAUGUUCUUCCAUUAUCUCUGACGAUGGCCAGGUAGCUCUCUAUUGUCAGUUGUGAGCCUCAUGUCAUUAGCCACAAAAUCUUUUUGCUUCUUUACUUGCGUGUGCGUGUCGAGCACCAUGUCCACAUUAUCAGGAUUGCCCCUUGUAUUCCUUUCAUUUUCCCCCCAGUGAACACACAAGGAAUCCUUAACUUUCCCCCCUUUAAUGCUGACCAUGCCUUUGCAGUCCUUUAGCGGAGCAGCUUUUCAGACUUCUUUCUGUUUCGACCUGCCUGCCACGGAGCCAGCCGUGCAUUGCAGAAGAUUCCAGAGUUCGCAUGCAGAAAAGCCGGGCCUGUUGAAUAUCACCGUUAUGUUUGCAAGCUCGGGGUAGGCUCUAGAAUUACACCCUGGAGGCUGCACAUCGUUGGAGAAGAUCAGAAGUCGUGGGUCAUCCGUCUGCCAGCUGAGUCGCUGAGCCCAUGACCGCCAUAUGUCUGGCCUUCAGAGGGGGCCCCUUAGAAGACAAGUUUGAAAAACCACCGUGUGAACAGGAACAAAAGCAUUGCAAGGCCUCUGAAAUCAAGUUUGUAGGAGUUGCGGUUAUGCUUCCAGCCAGGUGGAUUGAGACUAUUAUGACUAUUACCACUAUUAUCAGUGCUGAUAACCUACUUCUUGAUAGGCCAGAAAUCGACCCAUUGACUUUUGAGGUCAUUGUCAACGUCAUAUUUGCUCAGCUCUGGAUAUGACGGGAGUCUCCAUCUGGAUCUCACAAACCUCUUUCACUUCUGUUACAUUGCUGUAUCUUCAGCCCUCUCAGUGGCAAAAAAACCACAUAGGCUUUAAAUAAUUGGUGAUAAAUCUAACUCCCGUAUCCAGCAGCAGAGUGAUGAACAGUACAGGAGAAUGACAGGCUAGAAUAAAAUGGCAUUGAGGGAAGGGAUUCCUAAUGAUGGGGGGUUGUGACCAAGGUGGCAAUUUAUGAAGUUCCUUGCCCACCCAUUGCCUGUCCCUGGUUCUCUGUCACACAUCCUAACACUGGGCGCUGUUCUGUUUCUCCGACAGCUCUUCUUACAUGAAGGAUAAUCUUUGAGCCUCAUCAGUUUCCCAGUCACUUUUGAAGGCUGCAUCUCAUGAGAUGUUUUGUAUUCACGUAUGGCUGCUUAUAGGAAAUACAGGAACACUGUGUCAGUC